AUGGGCUUCGGCGAAUGCCCUUCCAAGUUGAGCCAGACUCACCGGACGUUCGUCGUGCCGGAGACACAUCGCCUGGCUCGGUUCGGCAAGAAGACGAUUCGUGGAAAGUCAGAGGAGAAGAACCUGGACUUCGCGGCAAGUGAGGCCUCCGACGUGGCCCAGAGGUCCUCCGACGGCAUCAAUGCGGAUGGCGAGCUCACGCCCAGUACCCGGAAGACGGCGCUGGAAGCGAUGCGAAAUGUGCUCCAGCGGACGGAGUUCACUCCGCGUGCUCGCGCGGAGGAGGAUGGCUUUGGAAUGGAGGCCGAAGUCGAGGACGACGUAACCCGCAAGCUGCACACCCGCUUCCUGGAAGCAGCCCGCUCUGGCAACUUCCGGGGAGUGGUCGAGGCUCUGUCGGAAGGGGCAGAUCUCCACUGCCGCACUGCGAGAGGUCAGACCGCCUUGAUGCUGGCAGCUGCCUGCAGAGGACAAAGUUCCCUGCAGAUCAUCGGCUUCCUUGUGGAGUGCCGAGUGGACGUCGAAGCGGCGGACCACCAUGGCUGGACAGCCCUCUUGCAUGCUUGCCGCAACGACAUGAAGGAGGCAGCGGAGUUGCUGCUGAAAGGCCAAGCCAAUGUCAAUGCCAAGUCUGCUGAUGGGCAGAAUGCAGCGAUGCUGGCCGCCGUGGAGUCGGGUGAUGACCUUGUGAUGCGACUCGUAGGAUUUCGAGUGGGGCUGGAGCGCUCAGAUCGCCGUGGCUACACGUUGUUGUUCUAUGCCGUGGAGACCGGGCGUGAGGAUUUGGCGAAAUGGCUGCUGAAGACGAAGUCCAACCCCAACGCUCGCUCCAAGGACAAGAGCACCUGCACCAUUCUGGCUGCUGAGAAGGGUCAUCUGAAAAUCUUGAAGGCUCUUGUGGCCAAGAAUGUUGAUGUAAACGCGCAGGACCUCAUGGGAAACAAUGCCUUGCUGCUCAGUGUGAUGGCGGCGAGGGACAAUGUUGCACGAUAUCUCCUCAACAACGGGGCAGACUGCAACGUGAAGAACAAGGACGGAACCACGGCCUUGGAGGUCGCGGCGAAGCUGAAGCUGGGGCCAGUGGGGCGGCCCAGUGAGAUCCUGUUUGUUGUUCUUAGCAUCUCAGUUCUUGCUGCUGUUCAGCUCAAGAGCCUCCUGGACGUGAUGUCGCGGAAGACCCAGGAAAGGGACCCUGUUUGGAUAUGCUUGAAGGGGGAAGGAAGGAUCGAGGUGGCGAAGAGGAUGACGACCUGUAGCAAAAACAUGCUUUGGCAUCCUCCCGUUGGCCUCCUGGGUGGUCCCAUGCUGCUGCUCAAAAGGUGUCGAGACGACAGCGACAGCAUCCUAUGCUUGGAAGAGUUUCUCCGCUGGCUGCACCCUUGGUGGCAUCCCCAGAUCUCCAUCGAAGCUCGGGCUACUCAUGGUGGGGCUCGGGGCAGCUGCGGAGGUUUUCGCAGGAUGGGCGAAGACGAGCGCGAGCAGACGGCGAACGCUCGGGACCCAGUCGUGUUCUUGGCGGCAGGUGUGCUUCGACAGUUGCGGCACCUGCAGGAUGAUCAGGAUGAAGGGUUGCAGGAUGGCCGAGCCGUGCACUCGGCCACAGUGGGAACUGUUGGCCUCCACUUCUUCUCGGAUGCCAACUUCAAGCCCCUGCGUGAUCACUUCGUAGGAUCGGUGGCAGACGACCGCAUAGACCUACGGGAGACCUUCGUCGAGGACUUGGGCGUUAUCAAGCAGCGAACGGCAGGUGGAGUCCCGGUCUACAAGUUCAAGACGAAGCUGCUGCUGGAAGCACUGGAGGAGGCGGCCCCGCAGGAAGUCUUUCUCGUCUCAGAUGUGGACAUCCAAUUCUUCGGGGAGAUCAUCCCGCUCGUGAAGGAGGGCAUUGCUGGGCGGGAUCUGUGCCUUCAGCGGGAGUUCACCAACUUGGGUGUGAACAUUGGCUUCAUGGCAAUCAGACGGACCGCUGCUAGUCUGAAGUUCUGGCAGUCUGUGUGGGACGAGCUUCCAACUGGCCGCUGGAUCCCCGGAGAAGUCAACAACUUGCUGUAUGCUGCGCAAGUGUCCGACAUGAGAUGGGGAUGCUUUCCUCCCGCAGUGUGGGCUUCGUCUCAGGCCUUUGAUGGCAAUUGUGUGCCGGAGCAAAUCAGCCUCCAUCAUGCGAACUGGGUGGUUCGCGACUACCAGGCCGGCCCUGAAGGAGGUGCUGAUGCCUCCAAUCCGCUGGCAAAGCUUCAGCAGCUCCGGCAACUCCGCGAGGCGGUGCAGGGCGAGGAUGAUGGCGGCAAGCUUGAUUUCUUCCGUGGCAUCUCCUUGGAUCCAGACCUCGCAGACUACCAUCAGAGGACGUUUGGCGACCUCAGAUAUGGGCCAGAGUGGACGGCCUUGCCGGUGGGACACCCAGCCCGGCGCGGUGGAACACGCCGACAAGUCCGCUCAGCAAAGGCUGGGCUGCCGGAGGUUGGCUAA